AUGAGCUUGACAAACAAUCAUUCAAAACCGACCUUGGAUGACCCCUCACCAGUGAAGCAUACAAUACUAGAGCAGUUCAAUUCAUCACAUGAAGAGAUAUCAGAUACUUCUACACCAUCCCAGAUUGAAAGCAUACUAGGAAAACCGACAGGUACUGAUCUGGUAUCACUGGUUACCCAACGCCCACCACAAUCUAAAGUCAAGAUGAACCCCUUCGCCGAGAUGCUGGCCAAACGUAUGCAACAAAUAGGAUCUGAUGUAAUUCAAGCCCUCUCGGAGGUUACUGACGAGUGUGAACUUGUUGGUUUUACAGAACCUGAAAUAUCACAUAGACAAGAGGAAAUCUUUACAUCUAUUCGAGACACCAUUGCUACCUCAAAAGCUAAAAUACACCAAGAGAGAGCCAAUAUCGAAGACGAAUGUGAAUGGUUAAGGCAACAGAUUCAACUUAUUCUUUCCAUGGUUAAUGAUAAUAAAGGAGACAAGUCUCUCAGUCUAAUUGAACGAGGACUAGCCUUUAAAAACCAAGACCAAUAUGAAGAUGGUUAUAAAGAACAAGUAUUGACCAAAUUUUCGGACAUACGGGGCAAUACCAAUUUCCAUACGAGUUCUCCAUUUAACAUUGCUGAUUCUAGUUUGCUCAACCUGUCAAUGUCUAUCGAACAACAAUACGAUAACAUGUUGAAUAAUAUCCCAAGAUUAACGCUAUUACAACAAAAAAGUCAGCUUAAUGGUAUAUUUCUCAAAGUAUUGAAGCUGUUCAUGAUAUCAUUCCGCAGAUUAAAUAACUUGAAUUUGGAAUACACCGAAUUGAUUGAUUUAAUUGGACCUUUCAGAACUUCUAGUUCAAAUAUAGUUCAUAUAUUACCUUCCAGUACAGAUGCCGAAUAUCAUAAGCAAAUACUAGACGAAUUUGAGUCUAGCAUUAGACACCUUAACCUCCAGAAAGAGAAAAAUUUUACCGAAAACGAGAAUUAUAAUACCUUUAUACUAGGUAGUCCUAGGAAGAACUCUGAACAAACAUCCGAAUCUGUAUUGGAUCAUCUCAGGAAUAUUAACUACCAAAUUAUCCGAAUAAUAAGAGGAUUAAGGUUCACUAAAUUUACCCUGGACUUUUUUUCUUCGGUUCAAGUAGAAAUUGAUCAUUGCAAAAUUGAAAUUGAUAAAAGAAAAGAAUCUGUUGCCAGGAUCCUAAAUCAAAUACUUGAGUCCUUGGAACUUUUACAAAUAACUGAUGAUAAGUUCAAAGAAAUGCAAAAACACAAUGAGAAUAUUAACGAUGAUAUGCUUUUAGAUAUUGAAACCUUAAAGACUAUACAGAAAGAGCCGUUAGAGUUUGGACUACACAAUUCUCACAUUGAGUUUUUGUCCGGUAUCCAAGAUCUCCUUGCUUCAACUGUCAAUACUAGAAAAUCCCAAUGGGAUGAAUAUUCUAAGACAUGUAUGCAACUAUGGAAUAAACUUGGUGAAACUGAAGAAUAUGUCAAUUCGUUCAUGGAAAGAAAUAGCUCAUUGACUGAACUUUCUCUACUUAGUUUUAAAAUGGAGUUAAACAAGUUGUACAUCAGAAGAUCAGAAUGCAUUGAAAAGUUCAUUGCUGAUGCUAGAAACGAAAUAGAAAAACUUUGGGAUAAAAUGUAUUAUUCAAGGGUAUUGAGAAGCGAAUUUGAAUUCUUUAAUUAUGAUCCUGAUAAUAGUGAUGUUGAGAAAGAAACUGUUUUGGCUAAGCACGAAGAAGAAAUUAUUAAAUUGAAUGAAGAAUAUGCUGCCAAAGAACCUAUUUUUCAACUAUAUGAAGAGCUUCUAGAAUUACUUAAAGAUCAAGAUUUCUUGAAGGAAGCCUCAAAAGAUUCAUCACGACUCAUGAGUAAGAACUCUUGCAAAAUACUUCUCAAUGAAGAAAAGCUCAGGAAGAAGAUCAAUAAAAACAUGCCUCGGGUGAUUGACAGUCUCGUUAGUCUGGUGUAUGAAUAUAAUAACUCGGACAAUAACGGGAGCCAUCCUCUUGCAAUUAAUGGGGAAGAUCUCUAUGAAAAAUUAUUGUCUAUACAAACAGAACAACAACUGAAUGGUCCUAGAAGAAACAGAAAUGUGUCAAACAGUCUGAGAGUUUCUCCAACUAAAAAGCCAGUCCAGAGAAUCUCACCACAACGGAAAGUCCAACCAACUUCUCGACCUGAAUCUAGGCUCAAACACGCAAGAGAAUCCCCAACUAAGGUGACUCGAAUUGCUAAGCCUCAAGUCAAGCUAGCUCGCACCUACAACAAUCCAACAACCAUAAAGAUUUCGAAUGCAAUAACAUCGCUGUUCCUGUCAGCGCUGUCAAAUUCGGGUAGCCCUACGCGUAUAUUAGGAAAUAUUCUGGCUUUAUAUCCUCAUACCGAAUUGCAGCCGCUUAAUCGCCCGUUAAGACCCUUAGAUAUGUUAAGUGAACAAAACUCACCGUUGAGAUUAAACCACUCUCCUAAUCAAAAAUUGGACUCUCCUUGUUUGGAAAAGGAGCAGGAUAAAGAAAACUCCUCACCAUUUCAUCUUUCUCCGAUAAAUAUUAAAUCAAAUUUUUUUGAAAGGCCAAAGGAUAUUGAUCGAAGGUUAAGCACAAAUACUUGUGAUACUUCUGCAAUGAAUGGUGACGAGUACCAAAAUUGGAGAGAAGAGAGAAUACGUCAAUAUCAUGGUAAUUAA